AUGGACGAUCAGGGCUGCCCCCGGUGUAAGACCACUAAAUACCGGAACCCCUCCUUGAAGCUGAUGGUGAAUGUGUGCGGGCACACUCUGUGUGAAAGUUGUGUGGAUUUACUAUUUAUGAGAGGAGCUGGAAACUGUCCUGAAUGUGGCACUCCACUUAGAAAGAGCAACUUUAGGGUACAACUCUUUGAAGAUCCUACUGUGGACAAGGAGGUUGAGAUUCGGAAAAAAGUGCUAAAAAUAUACAAUAAAAGAGAAGAAGACUUUCCUAGUCUAAGAGAAUAUAAUGAUUUUCUGGAAGAAGUGGAAGAAAUUGUUUUCAACUUGACCAAUAAUGUGGAUUUGGACAACACCAAAAAGAAAAUGGAGAUGUACCAAAAGGAAAACAAAGAUGUCAUUCAGAAAAAUAAGUUAAAGCUGACUCGGGAACAGGAGGAAUUGGAAGAAGCUUUAGAGGUAGAAAGACAGGAAAAUGAACAAAGAAGACUGUUUAUUCAAAAAGAAGAACAACUGCAGCAGAUUCUAAAAAGGAAGAACAAGCAAGCUUUUUUAGAUGAACUGGAGAGUUCAGAUCUCCCUGUUGCUCUACUUUUGGCUCAGCAUAAAGAUAGAUCUACCCAGUUGGAAAUGCAACUUGAGAAACCUAAACCUAUAAAACCAGUGACAUUUUCCACAGGCAUCAAAAUGGGUCAGCAUAUUUCAUUAGCACCUAUUCAAAAGCUUGAAGAAGCUCUAUAUGAAUACCAACCACUGCAGAUAGAGACAUGUGGACCACAAGUUCCUGAGCUUGAGAUGCUGGGAAGACUUGGGUAUUUAAACCACGUCAGAGCUGCCUCUCCACAGGAUCUCGCUGGAGGCUAUACUUCUUCUCUGGCUUGUCACAGGGCGCUACAGGAUGCAUUCAGUGGGCUUUUCUGGCAGCCCAGUUAACCUUUAUUUCUUCUUUAUAAGAUUUGGACCUUGGAGCCGAAC